CAGCACAUUCUCUACAACGUUUCCUUUAAAAGCGUUACGGCAAUUUAAUAUCGCAAUACUUGUUAAUGACUUCUACUGGAAAAGUAAUUGGAAUUGACCUCGGUACAACCUACAGCUGUGUUGGUGCCUUUAUCAAUGGCAAAGUGGAAAUCAUUGCCAAUGAUCAAGGAAACAGAACAACCCCUUCAUAUGUCGCCUUUAACGAAUCAGAACGACUGAUUGGUGACCCAGCCAAAAGCCAGUGUGCUGUAAAUCCCGAAAACACAAUUUAUGAUGCUAAAAGACUUAUUGGCCGACCUUUUGAUGAUUCUUACGUGCAGUCCGACAUAAAAAAUUUCCCCUUCAAAGUGGUCCGCAGCAGCAGCGGAGGAUGCAAAAUAAAUGUCGUUUACAAAGGACAACAGCAGUCUAUAACCCCUGAAGAAGUUUCUUCCGCAGUUUUGGGAUUAAUGAAACAAACCGCUGAGUCUUUUCUGGGGUACAAAGUGACCAGUGCAGUUGUUACUGUGCCGGCUUACUUCAAUGAUGCACAAAGAACGGCCACUAAGGAUGCUGGAUCGAUUGCUGGGUUGAAUGUGCUCAGAAUUAUCAACGAGCCAACUGCGGCUGCAAUUGCCUAUGGGUUGGAUAAGAAGAUAAGUGGAGAAGAAAAUGUGCUGAUAUUUGACCUUGGCGGUGGAACAUUUGAUGUUUCGAUUUUGACUAUUGAAGAUGGAAUUUUCGAAGUAAAGUCCACAAAUGGAAAUACUCAUUUGGGUGGCGAAGAUUUUGACAAUAAAAUGGUCGAAUAUUGUGUCAAUGAGUUCCAAACGAGGCAAUCUGUCGAUAUUUCCAAAAAUAAGAGGGCUCUCCGAAGACUGAGGACUGCCUGUGAACGAGCAAAGAGAACAUUGUCGAAUAGCACGACGGUGUGUAUUGAUUCAUUGGCUGAUGGAAAGGAUUAUAACACAACGAUCACCAAGGCUCGAUUUGAAAGUCUUUGCGAUUCUUUGUUUAAAAUGACUCUCAAGCCAGUGGAGUCGGCACUUGCUGAUGCCAAAUUGGACAAAUCCAAAAUCAACGAAGUUAUCCUUGUUGGAGGGUCGACCAGAAUACCCAAAAUACAGACAAUGCUUGCUCAGUUCUUUAAUAAUAAGGCACUGAACAAAUCAAUUAACCCUGAUGAAGCUGUUGCAUUUGGAGCUGGUAAUAGAGAUGUGGUAUAGUUGGCUGUCCAGGGCGCUGUUUUGGGGGGCGAACAGAACGAAGAUGUUCAGAAGCUUUUGCUUUUGGAUGUUGCACCACUUUCUCUUGGAAUUGAAACUGCUGGUGGAGUAAUGACUCCGUUGAUAAAAAGAAAUGUUUCCAUCCCAACGAAGCAGACUCAGACAUUCACAACCUAUGCAGACAAUCAGCCAGGAGUGUUAAUUCAAGUGUUUGAAGGAGAGCGGUCAAUGACCAAGGAUAAUAAUGCUCUUGGAAAAUUCGAACUCAGUGGGAUUCCCCCUGCGCCUCGAGGCGUUCCUCAAAUUGAAGUCACAUUUGAUAUUGACGCAAAUGGAAUUCUCAACGUAUCCGCAAUGGAUAAAGGAACUGGAAAAGAAAAUAAAGUUACCAUUGCAAAUGAACAGGGACGUCUGAGUAAAGAAGAAAUCGAGAGAAUGGUCAACGAAUCUGAAAAAUUCAAAGAGGAUGACGAGAGGAUUAGAAAUUUCGUAACCAAGAAGAACGAAAUUGAAGGAUUGUGUUUCAGCUAUAAACAGACAAUAGCCGAUGAUAAGAACAAAGACAAGAUUCCUUCUUCUGACCGUGAAAAACUUGAGAGUUCAUGUACGUCCACUCUCUCCAAACUGGACACUCUCAAUCAUUCUAAUUCUAAUAUUGAGGAACUUGAAAGCAUUAUGAAAGAAUUGCAAGAUGUGGCAACUCCUAUUAUGACAGCUAUGUAUCAACAAGGUGGAGCUCCAGGAGGAAUGCCUGGUGGCAUGCCUGGCGGUUUCCCUGGUGGAUUCUCUGGUAAUGGUUCAGGUCCUGCGCCAUCUGGUGAUAAUUCCGGACCAACUAUCCAGGAAGUCGAUUAAUUAGUUUUUAAAUCACUUUUGGUUUUUUCAA